CUAAAAGCAAAGCGAAUUGAGUCGAAUCCAAUCAAACAAUCCACUCCCGAAGCAAUGACCAGCAGUAGCGACGCAGCGAAACUCCGGGACGAAAUAUUUAACCUGCAGGAAAAGCUGCAAAGGGCCGGGGAGAGCUCGCACGGCGAUGGCGACAGCGGGAGCGACGACGACGAUGAAUCCGACGUCGUGGUCACUUCCUUUGUCCUUGAAUCCACCCUCGUUCCGGCGCUGAAAGAUCUGCUCAAAGACCAGGACGAAUCGCUGACGUCUUCUCUGUCGGCACCCAACUCCUUUUCCGAGGAACGAAAGGACGCCAGCGAAACCAGCAACGACGCCGCCGCCGCCGACGACGAGGACAGAGCCAGAACCGAUAGGGUGGCGUACACGGAGGCGAUCCUAGAAUGCCUGGCAUCCUUUGCCGCGGCGACCUGUGCGGCACCCGCUUCGAACCGAGACGUGCCCUCGCCGGUGAGCUCGUACAAUUCCCUCUCUUUCAAACGGAACACCACCACUACCGUCAAACCAAAGUACAAGACGCCAAAGAAAGCAAAACCCAUUUCACUGUCGACUCCCAGGGAAGAUAAGCUCUUUUUCGUCACCUGCGGGGCCUUUGAGAUGGCGGUAUAUUUGCUACGUGUCGUCCUGGAGGACCACACUAAGAAAGUCUCGUCCUCCUCCUGGUCCAAGCACAAGCGGAGCGCCCUGGACACCUUUGAUUCGAUCGGAGUGGAGGACUCGGUGGCGAACGUCCAGAUAGAGUCGACUCUGCCMACCAACAAAAUACCCAUCCUCGUUAUGAACAUCGUGGCCUGUCUGACACACAACGCCUGCGAUACCCUCAAGAACGACCGGAUCCUGCCCCACCUCAAGAACAUCGUUCACCAGUCCAUGAUGAUCUUCUUGCCGUCCGCCGAGGUCCAGCGCUAUGGGUGCUGGACGCUCAAGUCCCUGUCCAAUCCGUUGCUGCAGGAGCUCAUCGCCGCCGGGUCGGUUUCCAUACUCGUCAAGGCGAUGAAGUGCCACCCAUGCGACGUCGGGGUYCAGGAACACGGGAACAACGCCCUCUACAACCUGCUGCCUCUGCUCACUGUGUGUUACAAAAACCGGAGCGACAGCCCCCGCAGCAACGGCAGCGACAGCAUGCUCCCGAUGAACCAAGACAGCAACCAUUCUUCCAGCACCCCACCGCCUUCCUGUGGCAAGAUCGAGAUCGAUGGCAAGCAACUCGAGGACUAUUCCUCGCUGGUUCCCAGCCUCCCGGCGAUCGUAUUGAGGGGGAUGGAAGAACAUCCGGACCACCUGGCCGUCCAGCAAUACGGAUUGCUGGUCCUGACCCGGCUGUGCCAGCAGGACCAGGAGACCUACGAGAUUGUCGUCAGCGAGGGUGGCCUGACUGCCCUACUCAACGUAGUGUCCAUGGCAACAACGCACACCUAUUCGGCCCUGGCGGACACCGGGAGCGGCAGGAAUUCCAGGGGGGCCCACACGGACUGCUGCUACAGCAGCACCAGCACCCAGAGCAUCGCGGAACGCCACGACUGCCUGGCCCAGAUGGCCUGUCAGUUCUUGCGGGACCUGUCCCGGCCCACCAAUUCCUCCAUGGACAUUCUGCGAAUCAUUGCCGUCAAGGGCGGGACACAGACCGUCCUGGGGGUUCUGGACCACUACAACAAGGAGCACAUUGGUGGCGGUCACGCCUAUCACGCCCACCACAACCGAUUCGCCGUCAACAUUAUCGACCCGGCCAUGGCCUGCCUGCGGAACCUCAUGACCAACGAGGACAACCGAUCCGAAAUCAUGACGCUCUCCAAGCAGGUCCACGCCGCCCGGCAACAGGCCGAGGAGAGCGGAAGCCCCAAACACCAGCUGCCACAGGCGAGCGGCAGCGUCGAGAUCGUGCCGAUCGUCCUCGCCACCAUGGACCUGUAUCCGCUGGACGCGGCCAUCCAGGCCUACGGGUGCGACUUGCUUGGACGGCUGACCCAGGGAGAAGAGCUGGCCAGGAUGGAGCUCAUCGAGUCAACCAUCGUGGUCCACGCCCAACAAAACGAGGGCGGCGAGAACGAGGAGAGGCGUUCUACCAACGGCCGGUCCCGGCUGUGGAAUCGGUCCACCACGGAGCAGGUCACAGGCGACGAAAGCCUGGAGCAGAGCCUCUCGUCCGAUGGCGCGGAGAUGAUCGACCUGUCGGAUAAGUUCGGGAGCAUGAUGGGAAGCAGCUCGUCGGACAGCGAUUGCCGCGCGAUGGGCGGUUCCUUCCACGGAAGUAGGACCGGGACGGUGGACUCGCUCGUGACGGUGGUUCGCGCCAUGAUGAACCACCGAAGCCAUUCCGGUGUCCAGGAGCGGUCCGUGGUUCUGCUCCUGGCCAUGGUCUUGGACCGCAGCGCCAUUGUCGCCUCGUCGAACACGUCUUCCUUCCGGGCGUCGGCGUCGCCAUCGGCGUCUUCCUACCUGAUUCAGCGCCUUCAAGAAGUAUACGAGGGGCAGCUGGAACAGAGGGACGGAACAGGCGACCACACGUCUCCGWCGUUUCUAUCCUUUCUGCAAUCCACCUCCGUGACGCCAAAGGGGGCGGAGCGAUUGAAGAAACUGAUCCAGGUCGUCGAAGACUACGACCGAAAGACCAAGCGAGCGAGUAUCUCCGUAAAUUCCAGRGGCGACGGCGGCGAGAYCAACGGCAGGGUCGGGACCUUUCUAGCCCGGCGGUGGAACAAGCUGACCGAUGGGCUGGCCCAGCGGUAGCGUGAUGKAACCAGAGAGAGAGAGAAGCAAGAGCGAGACAGUCGGUCGCCGAACGAUUAGCCGUACAUGUUGAGAGUAGCGAGAGAAGAAACGCGCAAGCGGCUGCACUGGAAACCGCUAGCGAGCAAYCGCUUUGCUCGCUCGCCUCGUGGAAAGCAACAAUUCACAUGGUGCGUGCAUAAACACAUAAUAUACAGCAUACAAUAAAUGACUAAUAAACYA